AUGAUAUUCCAGAGCACCGAGUUAAAUAAUUUUUCGCAAAUGUCAGCCAAACCUCUGCAAUACCGGUCAUCGGCUGUCAAUGACAUGUCUGUCACCAACGGAUCCAAUGGUUUGACAGGAAAUGAAAACCAAAGACAACGUCUAGAAGAGGAUAAAGAGGAAGAAAAUGAUGACAACAGCGAUAAAAGAGGAUUAAUGCAUUUCCUACGCUAUGAGCCCUAUCUCUAUAACUGUUAUGUCAGCUCUUUUAUGGAGAAUAUGUUUCUGCAAAAUAACUGGGUAACUAUAAAAUUUUGGUUUAAACUAUCCCAGUACGUGCCAAUAUCGAUAGCACCAUGCACAAUCACAUGCAUCGGGCUGAUUAUAAAUUUGAUCACAAGCGCCACACUAUUCUACUACUCACCCGAUGCUAAACAAACUGUGCCAAACUGGGCAUUCCUGACCUGUGCUGUCGGCCUAUUUCUGUACCAACUGUUGGACGCGUUGGACGGGAAACAGGCGGUCAAAGUACAGGACACACCCAUUGAGGAGGUGUACGAUCACGGCUGCGACGCUGUGUCCGCUUUUCUGGUCACCCAAUCGGUCACAAUCGCCGCUCAGUUGGGCGACAGUCCUGUUCAGCAAUUUAUCUUCUUUAUUGUGCCGUUGAUUGCCUUUUAUAUGACACACUAUUGCUGUCACGUGACAAGAGUUAUGGUGUUUGGCCGGAUUGAUGUGAUAGAGGGUCAGUGGGCUAUCAUAAUAGUCCAUACCCUGGCCUACGGGUUUGGGCAGCAAAUAUUUAUGCGCCGAUUGUUUGUGUUGGACAUCACGGUUAGGGAUGUGCUCUUUGCGCUGACCAUACUAUCACUAAUUGGAUCCAUUGUGAGCAACGGGCGGUUGAUAUUAGGGGCCGACACACCGAUGGACCGGUACGUACGGAUCCCUCGUAUGACUGGUCCCGCCAAAUGGUAUCCAUUGGUUUCGCUCGUGAUUUUGAUCCUAUUGUCAGUCAUGGGAUUCAAUAGACAGAUGAUGAAUGUAACCCACGGUGUAAUGUCUAGAUUUGACACAUGUAUUAUCGCACCCGUGGUUUUGGUCCUAAAUUCUUACGCUAACCUAUUGUCAAACAAUACAUGCCUAGUGGUGGCCCUCCUGUACGCCCUUUGCGAUCAUGUGUUGUAUUUUUCGCUCUCAAGUAUAGAUAUGAAGAGGGCUUUAGAUCUG